CCCCAUUGACCACACCGCUCCCAUAGAUACAAUCAUACGAUCUACACUGCUACUCCCCUCUCUUGUCACAUUUGCACCAAGCUGCUAGAGUCCCCAGCACGGUUAACGACUGUCAUGCCUGUGAAAAACAUAUGCUGUAUUGGGGCAGGGUAUGUUGGUGGACCAUCUUGUAGUGUGAUUGCGUACAAAUGUCCCGACAUUCAAGUCACUGUUGUGGAUCUGAGUCAACAACGUAUCGAUGCCUGGAAUUCGAAAAAUCUCCCGAUUUACGAACCUGGACUUCUAGACAUUGUCAAGGAGGUUCGCGGUCGAAAUCUUCACUUCUCUACUGAUGUUGAAUCGGCGAUUCUCAAGUCCGAGCUCAUCUUUAUAUGUGUGAACACACCCACUAAGACCUUUGGUCAGGGGAAAGGAAAAGCCCCUGAUUUGACGCACAUUGAGUCCGCUGCCAGGAAGAUUGCUGAAGUUGCUAAAGAGUCAAAAAUCAUUGUUGAAAAAAGUACAGUCCCAGUGAAAUCUGCCGAGAGUAUUGUUAAAAUUAUGAAUCACCUUUGCCCUCAAUUUGCAAUGAGUGUUCUCUCAAAUCCGGAAUUCCUAGCCGAAGGAACAGCUGUGAAAGAUCUGUUACAUCCCGACCGUGUUCUGAUUGGUGGAGAUAAAUCCGAGGCCGGCCACAGGGCGAUUGCCGAGCUUAGUGCCGUAUAUGAACAUUGGGUGCCCAAAGAGAAAGUCAUUACAAUGAAUACCUGGUCGAGUGAGCUAUCAAAAUUGGCUGCCAAUGCGUUCUUAGCCCAGAGGAUAUCUAGCAUCAAUGCAAUCAGUGCUGUGUGUGAGGCAACUGGAGCUAAUGUGGAGGAGGUGGCGAGUGCUGUCGGUCAGGACUCUCGAAUUGGAAACAAGUUCUUGAAAGCCAGUGUCGGAUUUGGAGGCUCGUGUUUUCAAAAGGAUGUGCUCAAUUUGGUAUAUCUCUGUGAAGUGCUUCAUCUUCCCGAAGUGGCUGAUUACUGGUACCAAGUCAUAGCCAUCAACGACUAUCAGAGAAAGAGAUUUGCCGGGAAAAUUGUUGAGCGAUUGUUUCAGACAGUGAGGGGGAAAAAGAUUGUCAUUUUGGGGUUCUCGUACAAGAAAAACACAGGUGACACUCGGGAGAGCUCAAGUAUUCAUAUCUGUAAGCAUCUGCUUGAAGAAAACGCUCAAAUUGUAAUAUACGAUCCGAAAGUCGAGCAUGAGCAGAUAAAGACGGAUCUCACUGACCCCUCGAUUCUACCCGACCCCACGAAAUUUGAGAAAUGUGUGUCGAUCGCGAGUGAGCCGUAUGCAGCGUUAGAAGGUGCUCAUGCACUCGUGGUUUGCACCGAAUGGGACGAGUUUGUUUCCCUCGACUACCAACGUAUCUAUGAUGGUAUGAACAAACCUGCUUUUGUUUUCGAUGGAAGGCUGAUUUUGGAUCAUGAGAAACUGGUCAAAAUAGGAUUUCAAGUUGAAGCAAUAGGGAAAGUAGUAAACUAAGAUAUUAUAAGCUAGUUAAUACUUAUAUUAAUCUUUCUAUGUACAUGUACAUUAUAGUUAUUUAAUAUAGCUGACAUAAUUAUGGUUUAAUGAG